AUGUUAUCGGUAAUAUCAAAAGAUGUUAUUGAUCUUUGGGAAGCAGUCAUUACAUUUGUUUUGUUUCCAUUGAUUGUUAUAUUAUCUUAUCUGAUUGAGAAGAAUUCUUUUGAUUCAAGCAAAAUUGACAUCGAAGAAGAGAAACAAACACUUAAUUUAACACCAUCUGAGGUAGAUGGAACUGAUAGUGCAGUUGAUUUUCAUACAGAUGAACUUCUUCAAUUUUUAAGUAAUCUUGGUCAAUCAACUAACUUAUCAUUGGAAGAUAAAUCAAAAUUAUUUGCAAAUAAAUUAAGUGAAAACAUGCAUCGACCAUCUAUGAAAUAUCGAAUAGAAGGUACACGAAUGCUUACUGGUGGUAAAUCUUUAUUUUCCAAUUUACCCGACAAACUUCAAGAAACAUAUAAUGCAAUGGAUAAAAGAAAUUCAAUGGAAGAUGAUCAAUCAGCAUCGAUUUUGGAAGAAAUCGAUGAUCAACCAACAAUCCAAUUUUCUGCCGUUGCAUAUGCUGUACUCGAAUUUGAACAAAAAGUUGAAGUUAAAAUUGAACGAAUUGGUCCGAUUGAUGUCGAUGUUCGAUUCAGACUUGAUACAAUUGAUGGUACAGCAAUAGCUGGUGAAGAUUAUAUUAAAUUAUCUGAAGAAUUUACCAUAGAACGUGGUCAACAAGAAAAAAAAGUAACUAUUUAUAUUAUUGAUGAUCAGCAAUGGGAACCAGAUGAAACAUUUUUGGUUAAAUUAUCAUUACCUAACGGUGAAGGAGCUCAUACAAAAUUAGGUUCAAAAACAGUUGCAAUUGUGACAAUUAUUAAUGAUGAUGAACCGGGUUUUAUUAAAUUUGAAGAAACAAUUAAUUUAUGUAAACAAAGUGUUGGAAAAACAGAAAUAAAAGUUGUACGUGUUAAUGGUGCCGAUGGACGAAUUACUGUUAAUUAUCGAACAGAAGAUAUUGAUGCUAGAGCAAUAAGAGAUUAUGAACCUAUUGAUAGUGAAUUAAUCUUUGAACAUAAUGAAAUAUCAAAAGUUAUAGCUAUACCAAUUAUGAAUGAUCCUGAGCAAGAAAAAGAUAUAAGUUUUGCAGUUGAAUUAUAUAAUCCAACCGGUGGUGCACAAAUAGGAAAACACAAUAAAACAGUUGUAACAAUUAUAAAUAAUCAUGAUUAUACAACAAUGGCAAAGAAAAUGGCAUCACUUGUUCAAUGUGAUAUUGAUAAAUUAAGUGUAACAAAAACAACAUGGAGACAACAAUUUAUUGAAGCUAUGAGUGCAAAUGGUGGAGAUUUAGAAACAGCUAAAUUUGUUCAUUAUGUUGGUCAUUUACUUUCAGUUUUUUGGAAAGUUCUGUUUGCCUUUGUACCUCCAACGUCCAUAGCUGGUGGUUGGUUAACAUUUUUCAUUUCAUUUGUUUUUAUUGCUAUACUUACCGCUAUUGUUCGUGAUGUCGCUGCUAUAUUUGGUUGUCUUGUUGGAUUAAAAGAUAGUAUAACAGCUAUAUCAUUUAUUGCACUUGGUACAUCAUUACCUAAUACAUUUGCAUCAAUGAUGGUAGCAAAAAAUUCUAAAACAGCUGAUGAUGCUAUUAGAAAUAUUAUAGGAUCGAAUAGUGUAAAUGUAUUUCUGGGUCUUGGUUUACCAUGGCUUAUUGCUGCUAUUUAUUGGAAAUCGAAAAAUCUUCCAUUUACAGUCAAAGCAGGUGAUUUAUCAUUUAGUGCACUCAUCUUUUCUAUCUGUGGUAUUCUUUGCAUGAUCGUACUUACACUUCGUCGAUUUUUGGGUGUUUUUGGCAAAGCAGAAUUAGGUGGACCAACAAUACCUAAAUAUAUAUGUUCUAUCUUUUUUCUAAUUCUUUGGAUUGCUUACUUGACAUUAUCGAGUCUUCAAGCAUAUGGAUAUAUUUAA